UCUUCCAGUUCACCUGUGUACUCGUCUUGCUGUCCAGUUUAUCUCGUCCUUUCAAAUAUUUUGAUUUUAUUCCAAUAAUCAUUUAUUUGACUUACAUUUCUUUGUCAUUUCUAUUGGAUUGAAUUUUUCCUUCAAAACCAUGAAGUCGACAAUAGCAGUGAUGAUAUCGAUCAUCAUAAUCAUCGCUUUUUCCGGAAAUACAGCCAACUCGCAACCCAAUAAGGAGUUGCUAGGCGGUGGGUCCCAGUUUGUGAACAUCAACAAAACAGAGAUCGAGGCAGAAACCACUGAGUCAAUUAUUGAAGAUAGUGGCAGAAAGUUGACGAAAAGGUCUCCAGGAGGAGAUGGAGGCCUGGGUUCGACCGGCUGGUGGAUGUUGGGUUUCAAUCGCCUCGACGAUUCUAAAAUCGACGUGGUUACAGAAUCUUCUCAAGGCAAUACGAAAAGGUUGACGAAAAGGUCUCCAGGAGGAGAUGGAGGCCUGGGUUCGACCGGCUGGUGGAUGUUGGGUUUCAAUCGCCUCGACGAUUCUAAAAUCGACGUGGUUACAGAAUCUUCUCAAGGCAAUACGAAAAGGUUGAGGAGAAGUGCUCCAGAAGAAGAUGGAGUCCAGGGUUCUAUCGAGAGGUUUGUAAGAGAUUCUAAUCCUCGCAACGAUGUUGACGCCUCCAUGGCUACAAAAGCUCCUCAAGGCGUAUUGAACAUAAAUAGAAAUUCAAACGAGUUCAGCACCAGUAAGGGCUCACCAACGACCGAAGUUAUUCCUUCAGACGAGAUCAGCACCAGUACAAAAAAAAACUUAAGUUGGAAACGGAAUAAAGGAAGGGAGUACAAUAGUAAUAUAUGCUUAUUCUACGAUUUGCCUGAAAUUGCUUGCUGGGCUUUAUUUAAUAAGGACUAUUAAUCAAAUUUUAUAAAAUAAAUAUUUCUGGAUGUAAGAAAAUUUAUCAUUCUUAAUAAAAAUAAUUUAAAU